AUGGUCCGUCACGGCCCGACGCCGGCGGUGGUGAUGGCGACCGGGUUCACGCCCCUUGUCAUCGCCGCUGGGGUCAUCGUCGCUCGUUUGAAUCUCCGCCUCAGGAUCCAGAAGCGAAAAUUACUGGUUAGCGACAUAAUCAUGGUGCUAACGUUGCUUGUUGGCCUUACCUCUAUAUGGUUCUUGAUCAGGUUCAACACGUUAGGCGCACUUGACCCUAACGUGACGACAACAAUGGAGAGCUUUCGUGGAGACCCAGAAAAUAUCCCUAAAAUUUUCAAGACAUUCUGGUUAGCAAAUAUACCGCUCUGUACAACACUGUACCUUUCCAAGGCGGCGCUUCUUUCCAUGUACUUGCAAAUAUUCCCAGAGUUUAUGCGCAAGCGGAGAAUCUUCUUAUGGGCAGUAAUUACUUAUGUUGCCAUGGCGUAUGUGACGACAAUCUUGUUGAUAUUUUGUAUCUGCAUACCCUUUGAGACGAAUUGGGACAUGGAUCCCCAAUCAACAUGUCCCACAUCAAGAACUAAACUUGCUUUCGAGAUCAAUUGGAGUCUCCACUUCUUCGGAGAUCUUGUGAUUUUCGCUCUCCCUUGGCUUAUCGUGCCCACUUUAAACGUUAGGAGGUCACUGAAGAUCGGCAUCUAUUUCACAUUCCUCCUUGGUCUUAUCGACAUUUUAUUUACCCUGCUCCGCUUCAUAACGAUCGAGAAAGCAGACAUACGCGACUCGACCCCUCUCGGCUUAGUUUUCAUGUGGAGCGCUCUCGACUCCCACAUUGGCAUCAUUGUUGCAUGUCUACCUUCCUUGAGACCAUACUUUGGCAAUAAGGACCAAGGCUAUGGAGCCAAGUCAAACAGUGACGUUAAAUCGAUGCCAUCGCAUGCAGGAAUUGCGGCCCAUCAGAAGAGGGAACAGGAAGCCUAA